AUGGCAAGAGUAACGUCAACUUCCUCCAGAAGACGCAUAUGGCUUCCGUUCAUCUUAGUUUUGAUCAUCAUUCUGUGCUACAGAAAAAGCAAAAGGGUUCAAUCAUACGAAUCUCCCGGCUGGAAUGUCAUCGACUUCCAAGUCAAGGACUACAAAUCCAGGGAGGAGACAUAUGUUGCUGAUACAGCAGAAGAAGAUUUCUUAGACCAGCAUGGCACUCACCGUCAACCUGGUCACAAUCAUCAUGGCUAUCAUGAAUAUCAGGCCCAAAUUGACGCAAUACGUGGUCGGCCAGCUUUCCAGCAACAGCAGCUCUCGUAUGAUGCGCUUCAGGACAAAAUCCAGCAAUUCAUUCAGUGGAAUAGACCAUCUACAGAUCAUUGGCCGGCUUGGCACGAUUAUGACGAUGCUGAUUAUGACCCAAACCGGUGGGAGGCAUUGGACAGGGAGUACGGAUACUAUCUCAACAAUACUGUGCAAGAACUUGAGCAUGCCGGUCACAAGCCCGAGCCUUACCUGCCUUACCCCAACUACAAUUCACUCGCCUGGAGGAAGAAGUGGCAUGGCCAAUACAAAGCAUGUGAAGGUCCUCAGGGAGAGCUUCUAGGUGAAGCCUCUACAAACGAUCAUGUCGUACACGGCUACCGGACUUUGGUAGACAAUUCACCGCCUGAAACUCUAGGGUCUGCCAAAGUGUUAGGCCUCGAUACAAGCUUCUGCUUUGAUCGCUACUCAAGAUAUUCUCCAUACGGCAUGAAAGACCAUAAUUUUGGCAGAUCCAGUCGUACCAGAUGGGAUCGCAUGCGCUGGGGUGCGUUACAAGAAGCCUGUCUAGAGAAGAAUGCGGAAAGAUAUGUUCCCGAUGGGCGCACAACGAUGCCUUUAAAGCCAAGUAAAGUCAUGCACGAUGCCAACGAUCCUUUGGAUGAGGCAAACAAGCGCAGGAAGGACGAAAAAGGUGCAAGACAGUACAAAUCAAGAACUGCAAUUCUCAUAAGGACGUGGGAGGGUUAUGAGUACAAAGAAAAUGAUAUUCAGGCCAUCCGAGCCUUGGUCACAGAAACAUCACUGCUAAGUGGAGGGGAGUAUCAAGUAUUCCUUUUCGUGAACAUUAAACAACGUGAGGCUGAUAUCUACAACGAUGACAAGAUUUAUAGAGAACUCCUCAAGCAAACAGUGCCUGCAGAAUUGCGAGACAUGGCAAUUCUUUGGACCGAACGUGUCUGCGAAGAGUGGUACCCCAACGUUGGCGAUUGGCAAGUCUACUGGAUGCAAUUCAUGCCGUUACAGUGGUUCUCAAAGCAGCAUCCCGAGUUUGACUAUGUCUGGAAUUGGGAAACAGACGCCAGAUACAUCGGCAACCACUAUCACUUCCUCGAACAAAUUUCUGCGUUCUCCAAACAGAUCCCUCGCAAACAUCUGUGGGAACGCAAUAGUCGUUUCUUUUUCCCAGCAUCAUGGAACGGAGACUACGACGCCUUCCUUGCAGACACUGACGAGAAAAUACUCAAUGCGUCAGCAAUGGGCUUGAUCGAUGAACCUGUAUGGGGUCCUCGACCAUAUGCACCUUUUCAAUAUCCUCUGGGACCCUUUCCUCCAACAAUUGCCGAGGAAGACAACUUCGAAUGGGGUGUGGGGGAAGAGGCUGACUUAAUAUCACUUCAACCUAUCUGGGACCCUGCAGAAACAGAAUGGUCCUACAGGAAUCAUGUUUGGAACUUUAUACCAGAAGUCCGACCUCAUUUUUCCGCUGAGAAUCCGAACGAUGAUGGCUUCGAUCAUCCAGGCUUCCCGACCAUACCUCGCCGUACAUUCAUCAACACAGUGGUCCGCUUCAGUAAGAGGAUGCUACAUAUCAUGCAUCUCGAAAAUAUGCAAGGUCGUGCAAUGCAAGCAGAAAUGUGGCCCGCCACAGUAGCACUCCACCAUGGCUUGAAAGCAGUUUACGCGCCGCACCCGAUUUGGACUGAUCGAAUUUGGCCUGCCUGGUAUGCUGAAGCUGUUUUCAAUGCCGAUGAUGGCAUCCCAGCAAGAUGGAGUCAACAGCUUGAUAGUCCUUACAAUCAUGACCGAGAGGCCAAUUUCGGUGGUUGGAGUUGGUACUACAGGUCGGUCUUUCCACAUGUCCUCUAUCGUAGAUGGCUUGGUUGGAAAGCCAAGGAUUGGGGCUGGGACGCCGACAUAGCCAGAGAAACAGAACAAGAAGAGAAGGAAGCACUGGCAGAGAAGCUCGGCAAGGAUGUGGAAGAGUUGGACGAUCUCAGAAUGUGUCUUCCUGGCAUGCUCUUGCAUCCAGUGAAACAUGUGUACGAGGGCGCCGAUGGUGGUUAG